CCGCCGGGCCUGCCCUGUCCCGGCGCGGGCCGCCGGGAAGGAGGGGAAUCUCGGGCGCCCGCCAGGCCCUGCAGGUGGCCGGCUCGCAGGCCGGCCGCGGCGGCGGCGGAGCGGUAGCCUUAUCCGCUGGCGGCAGCAGCUGGUCGGUUUCCCUCAGCUGGGCUCCGGGUGGCCGAAGGGGCCGGGUUUCGGGCAGCGGAGGCCCCCGGGAGGCGCGUCUCGGGCCGGGGUCCGUGAGGAGGGGCCAGUAGGUAGAGGUUUCGGUGGCCGAGAAAGAGGAGGAAUUCUCUCCCAGGCGGGAGAGGCCGGUCUGGGAAGGAAGGUGUGCCGAGCUUAACAGCCGGGCUCAGCGAAGUGCUGGAUAUGGCUCGUGGACAGCAGAAGAUUCAGUCUCAGCAGAAAAAUGCCAAAAAGCAAGCUGGACAAAAGAAGAAACAAGGACAUGAUCAGAAGGCUGCUGCCAAAGCUGCCUUAAUAUAUACCUGCACUGUCUGUAGGACACAAAUGCCAGACCCUAAGACCUUCAAGCAGCACUUUGAGAGCAAGCAUCCUAAGACUCCACUUCCUCCAGAAUUAGCUGAUGUUCAGGCAUAACGUUGUUUACAGGUGAAUACGUGACACCUUUGAUUCUUCUACUGUCUCAGACCUUAGGUAACAAACCUGCAGCUGCUUUUCUAACAAACUGUUGAUCAGCAAAAAUAAAGGGGCUACAGAAACACUCAUUUUUAUGCUGUUCCCUUUUGGGCUUCAUGCAAAGACAAUUCUGUGUAAAUGUACAGUUGACUCUGAUUUGGAAAUCUGAAAAUCAGUCCAUCCUUGUUAUAAAAAAUUUUUUUACAAUUGUAAUUAUAUUGAUGUUCAUAUUGUGUAAAAUAACUCAUUUAAUAAAGUAGUACUUUGAUUUUACAACAUCACAGGA